UCGAGACUUUCUCUUCGUCAAGGACAUAUCGUGCCCUCAACUAUUUCAUAACUAGUCGUGUUUCUAUAACUACUAAAUUUUAGUUUUCAUAAACAAACUAAAUGAUUAAAUGUAUUAUAAAGCUAAGAGAAAGAAUAAAUACUUAUAUACUUGAAAAUCAAUUGUUUAUAAUAAACAAGUGAGAAACUAACCUGAUUCAGUGGAAGCUUUAAAAAUUUUCAUAUAAAAAUCAAUUGACAUAAACUACAAUAGAAAAAUAAAUAAUAAAUAUAGAAAUUUAAAGAAGAUUAGUUUUGGCUAAGGGUUGCAAAAAAUAAAGAAAAAGGAAAAGAAGCAAAAGAUCUUUUAUAAAGGACAGCAUAAAAAUUAACAAAAAAAAAGUGAAAAAUCAACUGAAUAAUUAGUGGCCAAAUUAGCGGGUGAUACUUCAGAAACAAUUGAUUAGAGUAAAUAAGACUAGUAAAUAAAUAAUCUGAUAUAACGAUAUAUUGGCUGGAUAUAUUGAAUUGAAUCCUACGAUUUAUUGGAAAACGGCUGGGUGACAGUAGAUAUUUGUCCUUUUAUAAUCAUUUUCGGAAACACCCUCAAGACGGCCAACCCUCGUCCUCGUUGUGUAGCCGGAGACCCGCUGUACGUCAGCUACGCGGAGCUUCGUCGGAAACAGAAGCCGGAUCUGCAGGAUCCGUCUCAAUCUAACUGGCCCUCUAAAAGAUGGAAGACAAACUGUCUUCACGUUUCUCCGAAUAUCUUUUUGCAAAAAUGGAUGGUCAAGAUGUCUCGGCCUCGCAGGGUCCCCGCAAGAUGACAGUCCAUACUAAAAAAUUUAUGCACGAAAACCUUCUUCUCCUGGUCACCUUAUCUGGUGUUGUACUGGGUGUUAUUUUAGGAUUCAGUUUACGACCACUAGGCCUGAAUGAAGAUGCUGUUAUGCUGAUCAGUUAUCCAGGCGAACUGUUCAUGAGACUAUUGAAAUUGAUGAUCUUACCACUUAUAAUAGCUAGUUUAAUUUCAGGGUCAGCAAGUUUAAAUGCCCGCAUGAAUGGAAUGAUUGCAGUUCGUACUUUGGUUUAUUUUGUUUUAACGUCUUUACUGAAUGCUAUCCUUGGAAUCAGUUUCGUAUUAAUUAUUCAUCCUGGUAAUCCUGGCUUACGAGAACCAAUUUCACCAUCAGCAAAUGAUAGAGUUGUAAAUAUUCUAGACAGUUUAUUGGAUCUUGGAAGAAACAUGUUUCCGGACAAUCUUUUUCAAGCGGCUUUUCAACAGGCUCAUACCGUUUAUGUACCAAAGAAAAAUAGUUUUCAGAAUAAUACGGAAUAUCUCACACGCAGUGAAAAGACGAAUGAUGACGAAUUAAUACGAGUUGUUCAGUAUAGAAGUGGAACGAAUACGCUAGGCAUCGUAUUUUUCUGCUUAAUUUUUGGUACAUUUCUUGGAACUCUAGGAGAAAAAGGUCUAGUCGUUAUAGACUUUUUUAAAGCCGUUUUCGAAGUAAUCAUGCGCAUGGUAUCGACUGUAAUGUGGAUGACUCCAAUUGGCAUCACAUCGGUUAUAGCCGGAAAAAUUCUCGGAGUUGUGGAUAUUUCAUUAGUUAUGUCUCAAUUGGCCUGGUUCAUUAUCACGAUAGUUCUUGGAGUAUUCUUUUAUCAAUUAGUCAUAAUUCAACUUAUCUAUUUAGUUAUUGUGAAAAAGAAUCCUUUCAAAUUUUAUGCUGGUCUUGCACAAGGUACUCUCACCGCUUUCGCCAUGGCAUCAACGGCUGCUGCUCUUCCUGUCACCUUCCAUUUGAUGACUGAAAAAUUACGAGUUGAUGCUCGCGUAACUCGGUUUGUGCUGCCUAUUGGUUGCAACAUCAAUAUGGAUGGAACGGCAAUGUUCGUUGCCAUAGCAAGUAUUUUCAUUGCUCAAAUGAAUGGCAUAUUACUAGGUUUUGGAGAAAUCGUCACAGUUGUAUUAACGUCUACGGCAGCUUCAGUGUCAUCUGCCUCUGUUCCCAGUGCAGCUCUGGUCCUAUUAUUAGUUGUUUUAAGUGCUAUAGAUGUACCAGUACAUGACGUUUCGCUUUUAUUCGCUAUAGAUUGGUUUGUCGAUCGUAUACGAACCACAAAUAAUAUGCUAGGAGAUUGUUAUGCUGCUGCGAUUGUUGAACACUUGUCAAAAAAAGAAUUAAUGGCAUUAGAUGCGGCAGCGUAUCAGUCUGAAACCAUUCUUCCUACUACAAUGACAAAUGGAUGUAUUUCGGCCAACUUGGUACCAGAUCCUGAUACAAUCGUCAUCGAGAUGCAACAUGAGACUAAAAUAGCUGGUAUUGUGAAAUGAUCAUUUAACUUUUCAUGAUAGUUUGGAGGCAUCAACUACCGAAAAAGAUACGAAGAAAAUUAUUUCAAGAGCGAUAGAAAAUAGUAAGACAUUAAAAAGAUUUAAAAAAUGGAAUAAGUUUCUGAAUAUGGAGCUGAAAUACAGAAUAAUAAGAUCAUGAUAAUAACAGAUAAUAAAAAGAAUAAGAAUGUACAAUAUGAGCAUGAUAAAAAAAACAUAAGGUUUCAAGAUAGUUUUUCUAAAUGGAUGCAGAUUUAAUAAUAAUACAAAUUAUACUAUUUAGGAUUGUAUAUCAUAUCUCCUUCAACGAAUUGUUUGGAAUUGAGUGAAUUAUUAAAUUCUUAAAAGUUAAGUAACAAGCUGCCAUAAAUAACAUUUGAAUCAAUUUAAAAAAAUGUGUAAAUAAAAACAAAAAUAUAAUAUCGUAUUUGAAAACAUAUGAUAAGUAAAUGUUCGAAAUAGUACAUUUCGCUAUUAAAAAGUACGGUGUGUGAAGAAAAAUUUUUCUCAGCACUAAAUUGAUGUAUAUCUUCCUAGUAAGGAACACAGAAUUACAUGGAUAAUAGCCUGAGAGUAAAGUGUCUCGUGUAUAGGCGAUGCAUGGUUUUAUUGUUCAAAUCAUCAGGCUUGAAUUAUACUUUAAGAGGACGGAAUGUUACCGACUGAGUCCUAUUUAGUUAUCAAUAUGAUUUUCCAUAUUUUCUAAAGAAAAAACGCACUUUCCCGCUCUUUAUAUUAUUCAUGAAAGGUAUCUUCCGAAAUUUUAUAACAAUUGGUUCUUUUAUUUUUAAGAAAAGUUUGAAAAAAGGACUGCAAACAACCAGAAAGCAAUAGAAGAAUGUUUGUUAAAAGGUUUUCAAACUUUUUUUACAAAUAAAUAAAUCAAUUUUUCAUUAAACUAUUGACAAAUACUUUUUAUUAAAGUAAUGAAGAGCAAAAUAAUCUGAAAAGUUAUGAAAAUGCAUUUGUUCUUAAAAAAAUUUCGAAAUCUUUUUCAAAGUAAGAUAGGAACCUUUAUCGACAUCCGAUAUCCGUAAGAAAUUUUAAUUUUAGACAAUUAAUGUGGUUCUGUAUCUCCUACUGAGGGUAUAACGUCACCGCUUUACCGUGCACUACUGUAAUGAUUACUAGUAGAGUGAUGUACUAUUUUUUUAAUUUAUAAACUGAUGUAAUUUUUCCACGUAGGAUGAACAACUCUUAAUUAAAAAGUUGUUUUUGGUGAUGAAAUGAAGAAUACUUAUAUUUAAAGAAUGAUGUUGAUAAUUAUAUAAUGAUGAUAAUAAUCACGGUGAUGAUAGUCAUGUUAAUAAUAAAUAUUUGUGUUAUAAUGAUGUUGCAUAAAACAGUUACAACUGUAAUAUCUGCAAUCACAUAAGUUGGGAAUAUGUUCUAUUUUUUUUAUAUAAAUGUUAUAAUUAUUAUCGAAGUUUUCAACAGACGUUCCUAUUGUAAAUGUUAUUAA